AUGGCUGAGUUUCGGGAAUGGCUGGACUUAUCGUCUCCGCAAGUACAAAGAGUUCAGGGAGAGGAUGCUGUCUCAUAUACAGACAAGCUCUUCCGAGAGGUUCCCUUGGUAGUAGAGAUGAAUCAGAAAUGGGAUCAGUUAUGGAAAGAACCAUUUAAGGGACUUACAACUGAUGGUUCUGUUAUUCCUGACCUUUAUCCUGUUCAGGACGAUAACAUUCUCAUUGCUAGCAUUGUCCAGGCGGCAAACAGUGUCGUGAUGGCCCUCAGUGAGGUUGAAAAAGACAGGUGCUUGCGACCAUUGGAUGCGCCUGAGCGGCGGGCUUGGUCAAACCCUGAAUUAUACGUCCACCGUUUCGGUGUUCGAUUGGAUGAGGUAAACCAAGAGGUGUUUUCAGCUGUAAGGCAGUUAAUGAAGUCCACUUUAUCUGCAGAAGGAUAUGAAAAGGCCUGUACGGCCAUGAGAAUCAAUGGGUUCCUGGGCCGGCUAGUAAAUGGAUCAAAGGUUUUGAACGAGAAUUCCUACAAUAUUUUGCUGUUCGGUCAACCGUCAACUGUGGAUCCUUGGGGCUGGUCAAUAUAUGGCCAUCAUUUAUGUUUGAAUGUCUUCCUUCACAAAAGGCAAAUCAUUAUAUCUCCAACAUUCACUGGGGCAGAACCCACGACAAUUGACAGCGGGCCGUUCCAAGGUUCGAGAUUGUUUGAGCCAGAGGAACAACUAGGCCUUCGGUUCAUGCAGCGGCUUCCAAGUCAACUGCAAGUCAAAGCUCAAAUAUACAAGGAGAUGCACGAUCCAGCAAUGCCUGCCUGGCGAUUCAAUCCAGCGGACCAGAGGCAUAUCUGUGGAGCUUUCCAAGAUAAUCGCAUUGUUCCCUAUGAAGGAGUUUGUCUAACAGAGCUAGAUCCGUCUUUUACAGACCUCCUCUUGCAAAUCGUUCGUCAGUUUCUGCUAUAUCUGCCCCAACAGGCUUAUGAAAACCGACGGAGACAAAUCUUGAAACAUUCAAGUGAGACAUACUUUAGUUGGAUUGGUGGAUUUACAGACACAGACCCUUUCUACUAUCGAAUACAGAGCCCAGUGAUUGUCUGCGAAUUUGACCAUCACUCGGGAGUAUUCCUAAGUAACUCAAAGCCGGCAAAAUUCCACACACAUACCAUUGUUCGAAGCCCUAAUGCUGGUGAUUACGGGUAUACACUGAUUAAUAGUUAA